AUUAAACGUUAUGUUUGUAAUACAUCAAGUUAUGAGGUAAUUUAGCAUAUUUAAUGUAAUUAUUUAAAGUUACAAUGAAUUUGUUUUUGUAAUAUAUAUAAAUAUGGAACAAAAAUUUAACAAUUUUAAUAAUAAUUCUUAUGAUGAUAAUUCAUAUGAGGCAGCUAUAAAAAAAUUAUGUGGUUUACAAAGUAAUAGUACAUAUUUAAAGUUAGCAACAAAAAAUAAUUCACAAACAAGUGAUACUUAUAAAUUACUUGAUACAAUAAAAUAUUUAGUUCGGUCUGGUAUUACACUUGAAAAGUUAGACACUUUAUCAGUAAUACAUGUAGCAGGUACAAAAGGAAAAGGUUCUACUUGUGCAUACACAGAAGCUAUUUUACGUGAACAUGGUUUUAAAACAGGAUUCUUUAGUUCUCCACAUUUAAUUAGUGCAAGAGAACGUAUAAGAUUAAAUGGACAACCAAUAAGUGAAAUGCAUUUUACUCAAAACUUUUGGAAAAUAUAUAAAAAAUUAGAAGAUACAAGAGAAUAUGAAUCUGAUAUGCCUGCAUAUUUUAAUUUUUUAACAGUUCUUAUGUUCAAUGUAUUUUUAGAUGAACAUGUCGAUGUUGCUAUAAUUGAAGUAGGUAUUGGAGGUUUAUAUGAUUGUACAAAUAUUGUAAGAAAUCCUGUCUGUGUAGGUAUAACUAGUUUAGGAUUAGAUCAUACUUCUCUUUUAGGUAAUUCUCUUGAAGACAUAGCUUAUCAAAAAUCUGGAAUUUUUAAAUCAGAAACUAUUGCAUUUUCUGUUCCACAAUUACCUCAAGCAAUGUAUAUAUUAGAAAAAAGAGCAAUUGAAAAAAACUGUAAGUUACAUAUUGUACCAACUUUUGAUGAAUAUAAGUGGGAAAAUAUUUCACCUACUUUGCAAAUAACAAAUAAAGUUCAACAACAAAAUGCAUCUUUAGCUAUUCAAAUGGCUAUUGAAUGGAUACAGUCUAAAACUGAUAAAAUUUCAAAUGUUUUGCAUAAUUCUAUAAAUAAUAAUAUUUGUUGUAAAUAUAAAGAAAGUUCUCAAAUAAUUGUAUCUAUGGAUAAAGUAGCAAUAGGUUUAUCUUGUUGCAAAUGGCCAGGUCGUAUGCAAGUUUUAAAAAGUAGUAUUGGUGACUUUUUUUUAGAUGGUGCUCAUACAAUUGAAAGUAUUAAAUGUUGUAUUUCUUGGUUCAAUGAUAUAAGUAAUAAAAACAGAGGAAAAAAAUUUCUUAUUUUUAACACAUCUGGUAAUCGAGAUCCAAUUAGAUUAUUAAUAUUAUUAAAAUCUUUAUAUUUUCAUAAAGUGUAUUUUGUACCAAAUUUUGCAGGAAUUAAAAGUUUAGAUGAUGAAGUAAAUUGUUCCUUAAUAGAUGAGCAAAAAAUAAAAUGUGAAAUGAAUUCUAAAAUAUGGGGAACAAAUUCGAUGAUUGCAAAUAGUGUUUUUGAAGUUUUACAAGAUAUAAAAAAUAAUUCAGAACAAAAUCAGAUAUUUGAAAAAAACCAGAUAUUAGUAACAGGAUCCUUACAUUUAAUAGGUACAGUUCUUACUAUUUUAGAUCCAAAUUUGACAAUGAAUACACAAUUUUAAUAUUUUCAAAAUUGAAAUUAUUUAUAUAUAUAUUUAUAUAUAUAUAUAUUUAAUUGUAAAAUAUAUAAAAAGAACAUUUUUUUAUAAACGAUAGAAUUAUAUAUUUAACAAUUAUAUUAACAAUUGUAUCAAUUCAUGAUAAUACAUUGAUGAUUAAUAUAUAAUAAUACAGUAAGAUAUUGCAUUGUUAUAAUGAUCAUAAUCGGAAAGUACUUAUUGAUAUUUUUUCGUAACAAUUCCCUUUUGUACUUUAAUAUAAAUAUAUUGUUCAUAAAACUAUAAGUAAUUGUAUAGUUUUAAUAAUUUGUACAUAUGACAAGUAUGUAUAUGUUUAUGAAUUGUACGAUACAGGAGAAAUAGAUGAUAUUAAAAUAAAAACUAGAAAAAAA